CCCAACUUGGAUCUCGUUAUAGGCUAAACAAACUUUUUGUGUUAAUUCUCCUCUAUUGGACCGUUCACACCGACAGCUCAACAAUGCGCUUGUUUGUACUACCUUGUCUCGCCUUGUGCGUGGCAAUUGCCAAUUGUGCGCCGGCAGCUGAAAAAGCGGAUGCUGCUGCAGCAGAAACUGCGAAGGACGCCGCCGAAACAAAGGAUGAUAGUAAAAACGUCGAAAAACGUGGUCUUCAUCUAGGCGACUAUGGACAUCAUCAUCAUCAUCAUGAACACGUCAAGACUAUCACUAUUGAGAAGAAAGUGCCAGUGCCUUACACCGUUACCAAACACGUUCCAUAUACUGUGGAAAAGAAGGUACCCUAUGAGGUGAAAGUGCCUGUACCCGAACCAUACUAUGUCGAGAAAAAGGUGCCCGUACAUGUUAAGGAAUACGUUAAAGUACCAGUGCAUGUGCCAAAACCAUACAUUGUGGAAAAGAAAGUGCCUUAUGAAGUUAAAGUACCCGUUGAUAAGCCCUACGAAGUCAAAGUGCCCGUGCCACAACCCUACGAAGUCAUCAAGAAGAUUCCAUAUGAGGUGAAAGUGCCCGUACCACAACCCUACGAAGUCAUCAAGAAGAUUCCUUAUGAAGUGAAGGUUGAGGUACCUGUACCCAAGCCAUAUGAGGUGAUCAAGAAGGUGCCCUAUGAGGUUAAAGUGCCCGUAGAGAAACCAUACCCCGUCGAAGUUGAGAAACCAUACCCAGUCGAAGUUGAAAAACCAUAUCCAGUUGUUGUGGAAAAGAAGGUACCUUAUGAAGUUAAAGUGCCAGUUGACAAACCAUACAAAGUCGAAGUUGAGAAACCUUAUCCAGUACAUGUAAAGGUGCCAGUGCCACAGCCUUACACUGUGGAGAAGAAGGUACCUUACACCGUUGAGAAACCAGUACCAUAUGAAGUUAAAGUACCCAUUGAGAAACCAUAUCCAGUGUACUCAGAAGUCAAGGUACCAGUACACAAAGAGAUUCCCAUCCCAGAAAAGUACCAUGUUGAAGUGCCAAUCUUCCAUAAGGAAGAACAUCAUGACCAUCAUCAUGGCUAUUAAAUGAUGAUUCUUAUUUAGCGUGUUCACAAACUGUUGACGAAGAAGGCUGAGUAGUUCUAAAAUGACUCAUAAUGACAUUGUAUGAAAUCACGGCGAACUAGAUGAAGACCACGGAUAAUAAAAAUGUUAAUUGCAACCAAUUGAAAUUAAAUGAAACCGACGAAAUUUGAGAAUUGCCACCACAGAUCGCGAAUACAAGUAAAAACAAGUGGAUAGAAACGAACCGAUGGAAAGGAUGAAGCGUAGUAGCAGGAAACCAGAAAACCAA